UCUGGAGAGAAUCUAACCAUGAGGCUGCGAUCCUUGUCAUUUAAAGCAUUGCUCAGACAGGAAAUGGGAUAUUAUGAUGACCAUAAGAAUGCUGUUGGUGUACUACUUACAAGGCUUGCAACAGAUGCUUCUCAGAUUAAAGGAGCUACUGGGAGCCGACUGGGAUUACUCACAAUGACAGUGUGCACUCUGCUUGCCGCAAUCCUCAUUGCUUUUGUACAUGGCUGGCAGCUGACACUGCUUAUCUUGGCCUGUAUUCCAUUCUUGAUUGGAGCCAACAUCAUUAGGCUGAAGUCUAUAGCAGGACACGCAUCCAAAGAUCAAAAGGCCUUGGAAGAAGCUGGGAGAAUAUCAACCGAAGCUGUGGAAAACAUCCGGACAUUGGUGUCACUAACAAAAGAAGAUGCUUUUUAUGAAAAUUAUAAUGACAGUUUACAAAGACCAUACAGAGAUUCUCUUAAGAAAGCUCCUCUCUAUGGAAUAACCUAUGCCAUUGCACAGUCCAUCAAUUACUUUGUGAAUGCAGCAGUUUUCAGAUUCGGGGCCUGGCUCAUAGCACACUGCUACAUGCAUUUUGAAAAUGUUUUUAUAGUGUUUUCAGCUAUUAUGUUUGCAGCUGUGAGUGUGGGGCAAUCAAAUUCUUUUGCACCAGAUUUUGGAAAAGCAAAGGCAUCAGCUCAACGUAUUUUUCAGCUUCUGGACAGAAAACCAGCUAUAGACAGCUACAGUGAAGAAGGAAAUACUUUGGACGAGCUGGAGGGAAAUCUUGCAUUUGACAACAUUAGAUUUGUAUAUCCAACAAGACCAAAUGUUCAAGUUCUUCAAGGACUCAGUAUUAAAGUGUCUAAAGGCCAGACACUGGCAUUAGUGGGGAGCAGUGGCUGUGGAAAAAGUACUUUGAUUCAGCUACUGGAGAGGUUUUAUGACCCUGGAGAAGGACAAGUGGUUGUCGAUGGAACUGAUACUAAAUCACUUAAUUUGAAGUGGCUGAGGUCUCAGCUUGGUAUAGUGCUACAGGAGCCAGUCCUCUUUGACUUCUCCAUCCGUGAGAAUAUCCAAUAUGGAGACAAUAGUAGACUUGUUUCCCCAGGAGGAGGUUGAAGAAGCAGCCAAAGCAGCCAACAUUCACACUUUCAUUGAGAGCCUACCAGAAGGGUAUAACACACGUGUUGGCGAUAAGGGAGCCCAGCUUUCAGGUGGACAAAAGCAGAGGAUUGCCAUUGCCCGUGCUCUUGUUCGCAAGCCUAAAAUCUUACUGCUGGAUGAAGCCACUUCUGCUCUUGACACUGAAAGUGAAAAGGUUGUACAAGCAAGCGCUGGAUGAUGCCAGGCAAGGGCGAACAUGCAUAGUGAUUGCUCACCGACUCACCACAGUGCAGAAUGCUGAUGUCAUCGCAGUGGUAAAGAAUGGGAAGGUGGUAGAACAAGGCACUCACACUCAACUGCUGAAUAAACAAGAAGAAUAUUAUGCCCUUGUGAACUCACAAAUCUCACAUAA